AUGCCGAUUCGCCAGCGCUCGAGGCUCCGGCCAAACGGCAGAAGAUCGCCGCAUUCGAUCUGGUACCGAGUUGUCAUCUUCACAAACCAAGGUGGCUUGACGCUGCAUCCAGAUCCCAAAUCGAAAGGACCGAAGAGCGCAAAGAACAGAGUCCCCGGCUUCAAACAAAAGUGUAGUGCCGUUUUGAGCCAGCUCGACAUCCCCCUCACUCUGUACGCGGCGACUGGGAAGGAUAUUUACCGGAAACCACGGCCCGGGAUGUGGACCGAGAUGAAGGAAGACUACGACUUGUCCGAAUCCGAGAUCGACCACGAGAAUAGCGUGUUUGUUGGCGACGCUGGCGGCCGGAUUGCCGAGCCGAAGGGACCGGGCGCUGCUGGGAAAGAUUUCAGCUGUUCUGACCGCAACCUCGCCCAUAACAUCAACAUUAAAUACCAAACACCGGAAGAAUUUUUCCUCGGGGAGAAGCCACGGGAUUUUGCGCGGGAUUUCGAUGUUGCCAACUUUCCCUAUACCGACGAGGAGAAAGACAAUGAGGCUUGGGCCACCAAGUCCAACGACCAGGAUAUUGUGCUUUUUGUUGGGUUCCCUGGCGCUGGCAAGAGCACGUUUUACUGGAAAUACUUGGAGCCGUUAAACUACGAGAGAGUCAACCAAGAUACUCUCAAGAGCAAAGACAAAUGUUUCAAGACAGCGGCUGAUUUACUUGGGAAGGGAGAGUCUAUCGUCGUCGAUAACACAAAUGCCGAUGUCGACACGCGCUCGCAGUGGAUAGCCCUCGCGCGCAAGCACAAAGUCCCUAUUCGGUGCUUUUGGUUCCAGACGCCGUUGCAGUUGUGUGAGCAUAAUGCGGCGGCGCGAGCCCUGAACGAAAAGGUACACGGCGACAUCUCUGCACAUGGCGCGAGGAGGAUGCACUGCUAA